GUGACGUCAGCACCGCCUGGCAACAGGAGAAAAUGGUUUCCUCGGCAACGUAAACAAGAACGGAGAACAAUGAAAGAGGCGGAAUGCCGAGGACGCUGGAACCUGCCUCUUGUCCGAAAGCGCUUGCGGCUCUUGAGUUAAAUUGGCCAAAUCGACUGGCAAAACCUCCGGGACGGAUGUUCGCCGAGCAGAAGCAAUUAAAAGAGCAACGCGGGACCGGAAAAUAACUGAAUUGUGCUUUUUCCUUCUAUAGAGAGUCAUACCUUUUUUUUAAAAAAAAAUUCCAAUCGGGAGAGAAUUCAAGCUGAGCGUGAUAUGUUUUCUUGAACUUCCAGUGUUAAUGAAAAGGCUACGCCUGGGUCGUCGAAAAGCAGGAAAAAUCUACAGGGGAAAAAAAAAAUCUCAAUAUUGAAAUUAAGCAUCUAUGUCUCUGGAGUGAGCUUACAAACAUAGUUACCGUCUGUGGUAAUUCAUCUUCUAUUUCUAUCAGGAGGUUUUAAAACUAAUUUUUUUUUACUACGUUCUCCUCUCUCUCCCUCUCUCUCUCUCCUCCCUCCCCAAUUGAUUUAUAUAGUUGUGCUUUCAAAUGCAAUGUACCUGUUCAAGCACUCUUUUUUUUUUUUUUUUUUUGUACUUUGGUUUUUAUGUAUGCAACGUUUUCUGGGGAAGAGAAAGAAGAUGGUAACCUGAGGCUGUUUCCAAACAUCAGCAGGAUAAUAUUAAACAGGCUCUUAAACAGUAAUCCUGCUCCAGCUUUUACAGUGAUGGCAGGCUUCAAGUCAAAAAAAAAGUUUUUUAGGCUUCAGCUUCAAAUGGAAUUGGCAAUGGAAUUGUUAGAGUGGUUUGCUUGGCCCAUUCCCCUUCAAAGGCAGCUGCCAACUUGCUUCCUUACCUGUCACGAUGAGAUGCUUUGAGCCUUUUCACUCUCUUGGUAAAAUGCAAUUAGUUCUUGACACAACAGGGGGCCAGAAUUUCCAUUGCUAAGUUGUUAAAUGAUUUUAUGAUUAUUCUUAUUUUGGGGGCAUGAUUGUUAAGUGAAUCCUUGCUGUUGUUAAAGAGAAUCAGGUGGCUGGUUUGUCCCAUUGACUUUACUUGUUGGAAGCCCCUUGAGAAGGUUGCAAAUGGUGAUCAUGUUAUCCCAGGACACUGCAACCAGAGUAGCCAUAGCAAUAGCAUUUAGGCUUCCUGUAUAUACUGCCCCAUAGCGUUUUAUAGCACUCUUUGGUGGUUUAUGAUAUAAGCACUAUUUGCAUAUUGUCCCCAACAAUCUGGGUCCUCAUUUUACCGAUCUCGGAAGGAGGGAAGGCUGGGUCAACCUUGAGCUCCGUCAGGAUUGAACUCCAGGCUGUUGGCCAGCAACACUGCACUUUAAACCACUGCGCCACCAGGGCUCAAAAAGAAAUGCACGCUUGUUGCCAAGUGCCCAAAUUUUGAUCACAUGACCACAGGAAUGCUGCAAUAGUGAUUAGUGCAAGGACCGGUCAUUAAGUUCCUUUUUUCAAUGCAGUUGUAACUUGAACGGUUGCUCAAUGAAUGGGUGUAAGACAAGGACUGCCAGUAGUUUAGAUAAUUCUGAGAGAGGAGACCUGCUACUCCUAAAAUGAGUGAAUACAAUACUGAGGCUUCAGGGCUUCAAAAACCAUUUCACCAAGCAGAGAGGUGUUUUCUAAAUAUUCUGAUACCAAAGUCAAGCCUUUGAAUCAAGCUUGACUAUUGGUGACUUCACAGACAUAGCCAUGCAGUUUUCUAGGCAUCAGCAUGGAAUUUUUUGCCAUCUUUUUCUUGCAGGAUCUUUUUUCUCAACUCCCAGUCUAGCCUACAACCUUAGAUUUUCCUGGUGGUUUCUUCUCCAAGUAUCUGACAAGCCCUGCUUAACUUCUAGGCUGAGGCCAAGAUUCAGUGUUGCAUCUCAGGACAUCUGUUCACCAAGUGGGAAUUUGUCAGCCUUCUUGUUAAGCUAGAAGAGUCUCAGGAUGUCUGGAGUGUCAUUUGCCCCUUCAACUGCAUCUACUGGCUCAGUGGACUCUGAAGAAAUUUACAGGACACGGCUGACAACUCAGCAAACUGGAGAUGUGUUUACAAUACCCUCCUCUAAGUCCAGCUCUAGACCAAACACCAAGUCAUCCGCUCCUCGAAACACAGACUUUCUGUUGGAACAAAAUCCAUUCAAAAUCCCUGCAGAUAUUGAUAUUUUUUUGCUGCGAGAUAAACAGAAAGAAAAGGCCAGGAUGGAGCGAGAGCGACGGAAGACUUUGAAAGUCCACGAGAAGAUGACGUGCUCCACUCUGCAGAGUUCCAAACAGACGGGAUUCAAGAGAGCAAUCCAAAUGGAAGAAGAAGCUGAGGACAAGGAGUUAUUAGCAGAAGCCGAACGACUCAAAGCUCUCCGAGAAAGCAUCUCCUGGAAGAUAGCAAUUACUAAAGACCAGGUUGUAGAGAGAGAGACGAUGCAUGAUUACAUCAAUCAGAAACGGCAGAUGUUCUUGCUGCAGUACGCUGUAACUGUGAAAAAAGAUGAAAUUCAGAAACUGGAAAAUCUGGCAGUGGAAGAAGAAGCAAAGCUGGAAAAAGCUGAGGAAGACUUGGAAAAGGACGCUGCCAUGUUUGAUGAGUUCCUGAAAGAGAAUGACAGAAACUCUGCCCAAGCUUUGAAAAUUGCUGAAAAAGAAACCAAAGCAAAACUGGAGAAAAUAAUUGAGAUCCGAGAAUUGACAGCGCAAAUGAUGAACAUCCAAAGUGAGAUAGCGCGAUUUGAGGACACUUUGCAGGAAUAUGUGGUGUUCAAAGAUUUCCUCUACCAACUAUCUCCCAAAGAUUGGUGGGAAGAUCAUGAAAGACGGCGGAUGAAAGGAAAGGCAAAUAACCUCAAUUCUGAUAGUAAAGAGGAUAAAUCAGGACUGUCAAAAGGUUCAGGGAAGGAUGUUCAAGAACUUCAAGACAAGGGCCGACGUCGAACAACAAGCAUAGCAAAACGUUCUAGUAUUGAAAUGACCAUCGUAGAACCUCCCACUUCUAGAACGCCAAGCCAAAUUUUGUCUAGAAAGGAAUCUUUCAAAUUAAGCCGAGUAUCUUCUAGGCAGACUAUAAAGUCUCAACAAAGCAAAAAGCCGAGUGUACAGAUUGCCCCAUCAGAAGAAAAAUUUAGUCCAGAAUUAUCUGAUGAAGAUGAUGAUGAGGUACCUGAAUUAUUCUUUACAGAUCCACACCAGCUGCUGCAGCUUUUCACAGAGCUGGAAGAACAGAACUUGUCUCUGAUUCAGAAUUCUCAGGAGACAGAGGAAACCUUGGAUGAGCUCCGACACACUUUGGAAACCACACGCAAUAAAAUGGAUCGUGAAAUAGAACAACUGAAAAUGCUUGCUAUCACUCUGCAAGCCAACAUUGUUAAAGAGGAGGAGACAGCAGCAGACCUGGAACUUAAAGCACGCGUCUUUUCUUUUGGGGAGUACAAAGCUGACGUUCAGGACAAAAUGUUGGUGAGUUUGUAUCGAAAGGUGUUGGAAGUCUAUCGUCGCUGCAUUGGAGAGAAUGAGGCAAACCUGGGAACCUUGCAGAUGCUUACUGUUAUAGAACAUCAAUUAGAUGACUUGCUAGAAUGCCUUGAGAGGGUGCCUCCAGGAAAGAUAGAACAAGCUGAGAAAGCCAAAGAGAAAGAGAGAAGGAUGAGGAUGAGAGAAGAAAAGAUCAGGCAGCAGAGACAAUUGCAGGAAGAGAGGCUGCAGCGGGCCCUGGCAAGAGCACAAGCUGAUGUUAAGAAGAAGACUGGCAGAAGAUUAGUUUUUCGUUCUGAGCCUCCCGCUUUCAAGGAGAAAGAAGAUCAGGAUCAGGGGAUGAUCGAUAAAGAAAAAGAAGAGCUGCUCUAUUACUUUACUUAGCAGUCAAAAGGUGCAAGACAUUAUGAAGCAUACAGCAAAUGACAAACUAACAAGAAAAUGUUUCAACAGAUACUCUGUAAAUUUGGGGAGAAAGCUACUCUAUCCUAAGUAUAGUGACAUCUAGUAGAUCAAAAUAUAGAUGACAUCUUUUCAUAGUUGUAAAAUUAUUAAUUUUUUUGGUCAGUAAAUUAACUUAGUGAUAGAAAACAUCUACCAAAGUGAUCAAAGAUCACAGACUAAUCUAAAGUUUUGCAGCUAGGAAAAUAGAUAUACCAGUGACAAGUACUAAUUUCUUUUUUUAAAAAAUUCAACCUUCAAUAUCAGAUUCAUUUUUUUUUUUUUGUAAUUAAGCAGAUUGUAUGGACAUAACAAAAAUAAAGUUGAAAUGAAGAACUGGA